GAGCCGAGGCUGGAGGGGCGGCUGAGGGAGGCGGAGGCGGAGGCGGAGGCGAGCCGUGCGGAGAGGGCGGCGGUCGAGGCGAGAGCGAGCCAGGUGCGGCGCGAGGCGGACGCGGCGGUGGCGCAGGAGAGCGGCGGCUGGCGCGAGGAGCGGGCGUAUGUGUGCGCACGCUGAUGAUCCGGUACAUGGAGCUCGAGUCGGAGCACGAGGCGCUCUUCCCCGCCAUCGCCACGGUGCUGCAUUUGACGCGUGACGAGGUUGCGAAGAUCCGCGCCGCGCAGGAGGCGCACGCGUCGGCUACCUCUGUGUGGGGGCGCACGGUGCGCGUCGGCUCCUCUCUCUGGGGCGCGGCGAGCGAGGAUGCGACGGAGGUGUCGAAACACCGCACGCAGCAGGGCGGCUCGUGACGCCGGACGGGAGUGAUAGUCAUAGAAGCGAUAUUGAGUGUCGAGAGGGAGUGACCGCCGCGCGCCGCCCCCCCCUGUAUCUGGCUAUCUAGAUAGUGCUAGAGCCUGCUGGCAGCGAUCUCUGGCGCGCCACGCUCUCGCGUGUGGGCAUUCCUUUUUGGUAAAAACAUGCAG